AUGCCCGUUCCUUUUGGCGUCUCCGUCGGAGACUUCAUCGGCGGCAUCGAGUUCAUCUGUUCGAUCAAGGAUGCAGUGGAAGCUAGCGCCGGCUCGCGUGCCCAAUACCAUGGCGUACUUGCGACGAUACAAAGCUCACAGGAGACCCUUACUCACCUCAACGAACUCGACGUCACCCCCCGAGCAGAAGAGCCGCGUAAAUGCCAUCGUAGGCGCUAUAGACACUCCAUCGUGACACUAGCGAGCAAGAUACAAAAGUACGACAAAGGACUCAGCAAGAGCCGAGCGGAUGAUUGGUGGCGAGCGCUUCCGCGGAAAAUACAGUGGCAGCGUUCUUCGAGGGAGCAUGUACUCUGGUUUCAGAGCGAGCUUCAGCAACAUGCUACAUCUCUGCAAUUGGUCUUAGCGCAAACCCCACAGGCGACUGCUAUCGCCCAGUACACCAAAACCUCGGAAUCUCUACAAGCACUCAAAGACCAAGUAGACCAGCAAGUUUCGUCUGCUAUUAAGCGCCGAUUGGACCAGCAGGACGCAUCUGCCGCGGAUGCCUCUAUCGCCUUGCACCGACGCAUGAUCCGCAAUGAGGAUGCCCAGGCCACGUUCGCUUCCACAGUAGAGCGUCGCUUUGAUGAACAGGAAGUCAUUCAGUCGCGGACCGCAACGGAUGUGUCAACUAACGGCCAGAGACUUGCGCGGGUGUCUACGGCUGUGGGCUUCAUUUUGGUGUGCCUCUUCCAUGUUGGACGGGUCGUCGGACAACUGGCUAGGUCUAUACCCCAGCGAGUCAUGCUGACCGCUGGCGCCGUGAGCUUCGAAGACGCACAUGCCCAUGUAUUCCCAAUAUACACGGACUUCGUGCAGACGUGGGACGCAUUCCUAUACGUCCUGACUGACAAUUUCAAGGACAAACCCGGCCUUCUCCGGGUACAACGACGUCUCUUUGAACUCAAGGAUCGCUACAGUGAAACGGGAAUUGCGCUCUCACAGCCUUACAAGUCGAUCUUUCGACCUGAGCGCCAUAUCCAGAUGAGGAUACUCUUUGAGUACGCGGAAGUGCCGCUUGAAACGUGUCCAAAAUGUGGCACUGCCGAGAAAGGUGAUGCUAAAGUAGGUGUCGAAUGUUCAAAUUGUGGUCUCUGGUACACUAGGCGGCAGACCGUUACACUCCCAUUAUUACCACUUAAUGCAGAUAUGGUGCAAAGUUCAGGAGUGGGUGCUCAUGCCGGCAACGGUACCCACUCCAGGAUAAAACUACUGUCAUCCAUAGACUUUGUCGCAGACAAGCCUGCCGACUUUGCACGCAUAUCUAUCAAUGGGAAGCCUUCACGGCCCCUUGCCCCCUCCCCUUCCGUCGAGGAGGACGGUGAGAAAGAUUCGGAAUCUGACGAUGCCGACAAUCUGGAGAGCGAUGAGCUUGGAAGAAAUGAGGAGGACGAAGAGUACGACGAGAAUAGAGGGGACGGCUCGAAGCGCUUCGAUCAGUCUGGAGGUUCCAACAGGUCCCGCGUGCCGGCAUCGAAUCUCUCUCCCGCCCUUGCUUCUAUUCCAAUGUCGAUACCCCACAUCCGCCAUCUGGCCGAAGAGGAUGCGCCUCCCCCUCUACCACCGCCGAGAUAUGUCCCUCCCUAUUAA